UUCGGCUCGCUCAUUUUCCUCGCCUUCCACUUCCACUCUCCACGUUUUCCCUCCUCUCCCAAGACCCAGACACCGCUGGACUGAACUGGGUCUCCGGUGCGCGAAUGGCGGUCUGCCACACCAGGGAGCGAGAAAAGCGGCCGAAGAGAAAGCGAGCAGCGGCUGCUGCCAAUGCCGGCGUUGUGCUCGUUUGCGUCGCCAUCCAUGUUUGGGAUGAACUUUGCGAUGAGGAAGCUUGCAUCCCCCGCGUCGUCAGUACCUGCGCACACCGGCUGUUCGACGAAUUGCCCACGUGAGAUGAGGCUUCCUCAUGCCAGUCUCUUGAUCGUUGGGGUUCUGUCCGCGUUCCAAAUUUCCCAUUCAUCAACAGAUGAUGAUUUCUCCAAGGUCAGGGCGGUGAACUUGGGCGGCUGGCUGGUGGUGGAGGGGUGGAUCAAGCCCUCUUUGUUUGAUGGCAUUCCGAAUAGGGACAUGCUUGAUGGCACUCAGGUGCAGCUCAAGUCAGUGGGGCUUCAGAAGUACGUGAGUGCGGGCAGCGGUGGCGGCGGGAGUGUGACAGUGAAUCAGGAUGUCGCUUCUUCAUGGGAGACCUUCAAGCUAUGGAGAAUUUCUACUAGUAUAUUUCAAUUCCGCUGCUUCAAAGGUCAGUUCUUAACUGCAAGUGAUGGAGAUGUGAUCUCAGCAACAGCAGAUUCACCAGGGGACUUAGAAACAUUUUACAUUGAAAGGAACAAUACAAUGCUUCAUAUCAAGCUUUUAAAUGGGAGCUAUUUGCAGGUCACAAACGAUAGUCUGCUUACUUCAAAUUACCCUUCCCAACCAGGAUGGGAUGAUGUUAUGGCAACAUUUGAGCUGACAAUUGUUGCCAAUAAUUUGCAUGGAGAUUACCAGCUUGCCAAUGGGUAUGGAUCUGAGCAGGCAAAGGCGGUCUUGACAGAACACCGAAAGAGCUUUGUGACUGGAAGCGAUUUCUAUUUCCUCUCACAAAACGGUAUAAAUGCAGUAAGGAUUCCAGUUGGAUGGUGGAUUGCAUACGAUCCUGAUCCACCUGCUCCAUUUAUUGGUGGCUCCCUGGAUGCCCUCGAUAGAGCAUUCUAUUGGGCACAGAUUUAUGGCUUGAAGGGCAUCAUUGAUCUUCAUGCGGCUCCUGGAUCUCAAAAUGGAAUUGAGCACAGUGCUAGCAGAGAUGGUUCAGUAGAUUGGCCUUCGGAAGACAACAUAGAGAAAACAUUGGAUGUCAUUAAAUUUCUGGCUCAAAGAUAUGCAAACAACCCCUGUCUCCUAGGUAUCGAGCUUUUGAAUGAACCAUCUGCAGCUGCAGUCCCACUAGAUACUCUAGUGUCAUAUUACAAAACAGGGUACAAGAUUGUACGAAGUUAUUCGGACACGGCUUAUGUUAUAUUCUGCCAGAGGAUUGGGAAUGCAGACCCAAUGGAGCUUUACCAGGCUGACCUGGGCCCAACCAACACGGUUGUAGACUUGCAUUACUACAACCUCUUUGAUCCUUAUUUUGAAAAACUUAAUGCAACAGAGAACAUACAGUUCAUUUAUAAGAACAGAAUGCCUCAAGUACAGACCUUGAAUCACGCAAAUGGACCUCUUGUUUUUAUUGGUGAGUGGGUAAAUGAAUGGAAUGUGACAGACGCUUCACAAAUCCAAUAUCAACUGUUUGGAAAAGCGCAAUUAGAGGUAUAUGGUGAAGCAUCCUUUGGCUGGUCUUAUUGGACAAUCAAGUGCAAUAGCGUGCACUGGGACUAUGAAUGGAACAUAAGGAAUAGGUAUCUUAUUGGUGGUUCACCAUUCGACAGCCCAAACUACAUUUUGCUUGUGGCAGGGUGCCUCAUGUACCUUUUGUUUAUAGUGACAUGAUACGAGAAAGAUAGUCCGAUUUACCAACAAAAGAUAGUCUGAUCGUGCCUACAAAGAGGAAGAUAGUUCGAUAGGGCCUCUCUGAUUUUGAGCAAUUUAUUUGUUCGAACAAUUCUGCAAAGAUGUCCUAAAUGUAUGGUUCAUUCGUUUUCCAAGGUACUUGAUUAGAAUUCAUUUUGCAAACAUUUGAACAUCAGGAAAAUUGAGGAAAUUCAGCCUUCUCUGAAAAAAAAACAGAGAGAAGGUCCUCUGAAUCUGAAUUCUUCCUCCUUAUCUGAAAUCUAAAGGAAACCACUUGCCGAUGAUGACAAUUGUGGACAAUGA